AUGGACCCCGACGCAAGUGUGCCGAUCGACGAGCCAUCCGUCUUCAACUACGUCCUCUCCUUCCUCCUCGUCGGCGUAGCAUGGGGCUUCACAACGCCAUUCAUCCGACGCGCCGCAGCGGACUUUAACGCUCGGCAGGAAGCUCUUCAGAAACCACAGUCACAGGCGGCGCCACAGACACAAUCAGCCCAGUCCACCACGGAAGAGCAGGAGCUACAGGAUCAGAGCCACCCCGCGGCUAGCACCACAGAGAAUGGAGAUGAAGGCGAAAGCGAAUGUGAAUCUGAAUCGGGAGAGGAGGACCAGCCUCUCACAUCGAGUGCGCGAUCAAGAACAACUGCAGCUGCAGCCGCGGCGGGAAGUAGCACUCGUACUCCGGCAUGGAUGAAACCAAAGUCUACAUCCUCAUGGCUCACGACCAAGAUCGUAACUGUCUUCUGGACGGUUGUUAAUCUCCUCCGCACGCCGGCGUAUUCCGUCCCGCUUGUCAUCAAUUUGACUGGGAGUAUUUGGUUCUUUUUGUUGGUUGGGAAGCAUGAAUUGUCGUUAACUGUCCCAUUGGCGAAUUCGAGUGCGUUCCUUUUCACAGUUCUCGGGGAGUGGUAUGUUGAGCGCAAGGUCAUUGAGAAAGAGACGUGGUUGGGGAUGGCGCUUGUGCUGGGCGGUAUUGGGAUCUGUGUGCACUCGAAGAACCAGAGUUAA